UAUGCAGCUGAAUGAGUCUGACAGAACCGGCAGAAUAUUUUAAAAAGCUUUGCUAUAAAAAACAAGGUUUAGGUUUAUAUGAACUAAGCUAAAUAUCUGGUAUGUGGAAAAGCACACGUUUCCUGCAGCCUUCCCUGAUCUGACUGGGAUCUUCUGCAGGUUUUCCUUCAGAGAGAACGAGAGUUUCCCUGUUUGUCCUGACUGCUGCUGCCAUGAAGAUAAGCUCACCGGGUCUUUUCCUUUCCGGCAGUUUCCCCGUUCAGGAACGUCCGCAGUAGGUCAUCAGUCUGCAUUGUCGUCACAUUUCCAUCUGUGUUUCCCCGUUUCGCUAAUGUCAGGUUUGUUUCAUGGCUCUGAUUUGGAUCUGAGAUCAAGAACAAAACUCUGAUGGUUAGCUUUCAGUUGCAUGAUUCGGUUUAACUGGACCGUUGUCCAGAACCGUAGGAGGCCUAGGAAUCCACUUAGCCAUGACAGACACCAAAGAGCUAACUGGUUAGCGUGGCACGCUAUAUUAGCAGCUAGUUAGCUACUGCCUCCAGUCUCAGAAAGUAAAGAUGUCGAAACAAACUUUUGUCUUACAGAAAAGUCCUACAAGAAAAAAAACAACAAAAAAAACAUAGAAUAUAUGAGAUUAAAUAAUCCUGCCACAAAAUCUAAGACCUGUGAUUAAUGAAUUUAAGGCCAACUUUCAUUUUAGUAAUGAAUUUAAGACUUUUUAAGGAUGCGCAUGGGAUCAAUUUGCAUCAAACAUUAAUGAACAUGGUCAGUCCUGUCUGUUCAUUAAUGACAACCUUCUUCCUGAAUGUGGGCCUGAUAUGUAAACAUAGUUUGUUUAAAGAGAAGCCUGAAAAAGACGAAGUUAAAUAACUAAAGUUUAUGACUAACUGAUUGGAACAACAUCACAGCAACACGAUCAUGAAUGCAGUCAGUGAAAACUACAUUUUAAUGAAGAAAGGUCAGAGCAGACGUUAUGAUAUCUUCUCUGUGCUGCAGGUCAAAUGAUUAAAUCAAUACAUUUACAUUUUCAUUUUGGUUUUAUUACAAUAUAAAAGCAGAUAAAAGUCAACACAUGGUGACACAGUCAUUAGCACUGAAGUAUGAGGAAUUGCAGAGACGUUUAUCACGUUUACAGGGUAAUAAAUCCUGAGCGGAGCGACAGAGAUGUGAGGCUGGUUGUACUUUAACCUGUAGCCACUCCUGCAGAGACUCGGCUUCCUGUGCUGACCGGACCAGGAACCCGGUCUCUGUCUGCUGCGUCUGCAGAGGUACGACCAGAUGGAUAAUAAACUCGGUUUCCAUGACAACAUCCUGAGUCGGUUGAUAAAGACAAGAGACGAACAAAGGGAUGUUCUCGUUUUAAAUGUGCUGUUGCUAGGAGACAGGCAGAGUGGGCGGAGCUCCGUGGGGAACGCUCUCAUUGGCGGGGACGAAUUUCAGACGGGAACUUGCGUUUCUGACGUUUCCGUGACGACAGAGCUCCGCGUCCUGAGCAGGAAGUUUCCCGCGUAUUUCAGGAGGCAGGGGGCGGAGUCUGACCUGGUGCUCAGAGUGUUGGACACGCCCCCCGUGAAGCUCCGCCCACAGAGCCUGCAGGAGCUCUGCCCCGGCGGCGUUCACGUGUUGGUGGUCAUCAUGAGAGUCGAUCAGCUGAACGAAAACUCACCGCUGCUGAGCCACACAGAGAGCCUCUUCGGUCCAGACUGGCGUCGUCACGCCAUGCUCGUCUUCACACACGCUGAUCACCUGGAGAAGGCGGGCCUUCAGCCGCCUGCUUUCCUGACCCAGAGCUCUGAUUGGCUGAGCUCUCUGGCUGAAGAGGUUGGGGGCGGGGUUUCGUUUUUGGAUAACAGCUGUGAUUGGCCAUCAAUCAGGGGCCGUUCAAUUAGGGACCAACUGCUCCGCCUCUCAGCGAAGAACCAUCACAAAGCUCUGCAGUUUAGGUCAGACCAAUCACUCUGACACAAAUUCUGAGGACCAAAACCAUCAACGUUAAUGUGGGUUUUAGGCCUGUAACAACAAAUAUCAUAAUUAUUGCGAUAUAUGAUAAUAUUGUUUUUUAGGACAUUUUAGAGUAGUAUUUUGAAAGACCAAUAAACUUUAAUUUUAUAAAGAAAACUCAACACUGAAACUGGAAGAUAUUUUAAAUAUAAAUGUUAAAUUUCACUGCUAAAAGAU